CAGUCGAAAAAUGAAGGGCCUUAGCUAGGGUUCAACGACGGAUAAAAAAUUGUGCCAGCCGGUACGCAUUUAGCGAGAGAACAUCGACGGAAACUAUAUUGUGGGUACGCGCGUUUUCUUUUUUCUAUAGCCAAUCUCUAGCUGAAAUUGGCAUAACCCAGUUCCAUCUUCACGAAAUGCAUUGAAAAUUCUGAUGACAAUGACGGCACUACUCACCCGAUUCCGGCAACCUCCGCAUUUUUAAGCUGAAAGUAUUCUUCCUUAGCUUUCGGAUUCAGGGUUAUUUUUUGACUAAUGGCGCCACGAGGAGCCCGUGGUGGUGGUCGUAGUGGUAGUCACAUUGGUGGUCGUGAUGCUAGAGAUAGAAAUGCAUCUGAAUCACACAAUAAUGCAGAAAGUCAACCUUCUUCUUCAGUUAGAGGAUCAAACAUCUUGGAACAAGUUCCAAGUAACCCAUCAAAAAGGAAGUUCAUUGAAGUCGAUUCUGAAAAGGAAUUUACGAAUCAGAUUUCAGUGAUCAGAGCCAUCGCAUGUAUACUGAAGACGAUGUUUGACGGCCCAUGGACCUCAUGGAAGAAGGUUGACAAAGAACAUCGUGAUGCAAUGUGGGAACACUUCAAGGGUUUGUAUGUCUGGCCCGAAGCGACUGAUGUUCUUGCUCGCAAGGUAUGGGAAGACUGUAUGAAGAAACGAUUUCCUGACAUAAUGCGAAGAGCACGUGAAGAAUCUUUAAAACUUGCCAAAGCUGCAAAUGUGAAUGCCUCACUAGAAGGUGAUUUAAAUUUGCUAAAGGACUAUCACCCAAAUUGGAUUAAAAAGGAGUAUUGGGAAAAAAUGAUCAAUGAAGUGUGGACCACAUCCAAAUGGAAACGUUUAUCACAAUCAGGAAAAAAUAACAGAAAUAAAUUAGAAGAUGGCUCUGUUUCCAAACAUACAGGGGUUCUAUAUCUAUUCAUCAACAUAAGAAAAGAAUGCAAGCAACACUUAAACGCCCUCCUACAGGAGUUGAACUUUAUGCAAGGUUGCACACUAAACGGUCUACUCAAGAGUACAUUACACCAAAGGCAGCUAAAGUUAAGGAGGCUUAUGAAAGUGCUAUGGUGGCUAAGUUUGGUGAUGAUACUAGUUGCCACCCCCUCUUGGAUAAUGAAACAUGGUGUGAUGUUUCCGGAGGAGUCAAGAAAGGAAGAAUAUAUGGAUUCGGAUCUGUGUCUGAUCCAGCGAGCUUUUUGGAAGGAACAUCUAGUACAAUAACAUCCCAAGAGGUUGUCUAUGAACGUGUACGAAACGAGAUGCGUGGGGAAAUGGAUGCUAAAAUUGUAGAAAUGGAAGCUAAACAUCAACAAAUGCGUGAGGAAAUGGAUGCGAAAGCUGCAGCAAUAGAUGUCAAACAACAACAAAUUGAUGCAAAAUAUGAAGCAAUGGAGAAGAUGUAUGCAACCUUGCAAAAUAUGUUAACCAUUAGUAUUUGAUGUUUUUGAAUGACUUGUUAACCUUUUGUAUUUGAUACUUUUGAUUGUUUUGAAUAAUGUUUUAUAGGAAUGUGAACCAAAGAUGAUUGGAUGGACAUGAAAUGAAGAGAGCAUCUAAAAUGUUAUUUUGAAAUUAUGUUUUGUGAAAACUCAUUUCCCGAUGCAUAUUUUGGAUUUCUUGGUGCUAAAAUGUUAUUUUGAAGUUAAACCUUUAGGAGUUUGAUGUUAUAUGGAUAGUUUUGGUUUUGGAUGUUUUUUGAAUGAUACUUUGGUAAACUUUGAUAGUUUUGGUAUUGUAAUGUUUGGUUGCAUUGUUA